AUGGCCCCCGCUGUCGGUAUCGAUUUGGGUACCACCUACUCCUGUGUGGGUGUGUUCCGUGAUGACCGCAUUGAGAUCAUCGCCAACGACCAGGGUAACCGCACUACCCCCUCGUUCGUUGCCUUCACCGACACCGAGCGUCUCAUCGGUGAUGCCGCCAAGAACCAGGUCGCCAUGAACCCCCACAACACCGUCUUCGAUGCCAAGCGUCUGAUUGGUCGUCGUUUCGAGGAUGCUGAGGUCCAGGCUGAUAUGAAGCACUGGCCCUUCAAGGUCAUCGAGAAGGCCACCAAGCCCGUCAUCGAGGUUGAGUUCAAGGGCGAGGCCAAGCAGUUCACCCCCGAGGAGGUCUCUGCCAUGAUCCUCGUCAAGAUGCGUGAGACCGCUGAGGCUUACCUCGGUGGCACCGUCAACAACGCCGUCAUCACUGUUCCUGCCUACUUCAACGACUCUCAGCGUCAGGCUACCAAGGACGCCGGUCUCAUUGCCGGUCUUAAUGUCCUCCGUAUCAUCAACGAGCCUACUGCUGCCGCUAUUGCCUACGGUCUCGACAAGAAGGUUGAGGGCGAGCGCAACGUCCUGAUCUUCGAUCUGGGUGGUGGUACCUUCGAUGUGUCUCUCCUCACCAUCGAGGAGGGUAUCUUCGAGGUUAAGUCCACUGCUGGUGACACUCACCUGGGUGGUGAGGACUUCGAUAACCGUCUUGUCAACCACUUCGUCAACGAGUUCAAGCGCAAGCACAAGAAGGACCUCACCAGCAACGCUCGUGCUCUCCGCCGUCUCCGCACUGCCUGCGAGCGUGCCAAGCGUACCCUCUCCUCCGCUGCCCAGACCUCCAUCGAGAUCGACUCCCUGUUCGAGGGCAUUGACUUCUACACCUCCAUCACCCGUGCCCGUUUUGAGGAGCUCUGCCAGGACCUCUUCCGUUCCACCAUGGAGCCCGUUGAGCGUGUCCUCCGUGACGCCAAGAUCGACAAGGCUUCCGUCCACGAGAUCGUCCUCGUCGGUGGUUCCACCCGUAUCCCCAAGAUCCAGAAGCUCGUUUCCGACUUCUUCAACAAGGACGCCAACAAGUCCAUCAACCCCGAUGAGGCUGUUGCCUACGGUGCUGCCGUCCAGGCCGCUAUCCUGUCUGGUGACACUUCCUCCAAGUCCACCAACGAGAUCCUGCUUCUCGACGUUGCCCCUCUGUCUCUCGGUAUCGAGACCGCUGGUGGUGUCAUGACCCCUCUCAUCAAGCGCAACACCACUAUCCCCACCAAGAAGUCCGAGACCUUCUCCACCUACUCCGACAACCAGCCCGGUGUCCUGAUCCAGGUCUUCGAGGGUGAGCGUGCCCGCACCAAGGACAACAACCUGCUCGGCAAGUUCGAGCUCACUGGCAUUCCCCCCGCCCCCCGUGGUGUCCCCCAGAUUGAGGUCAUCUUCGAUCUCGAUGCCAAUGGUAUCAUGAACGUCUCUGCCGUCGAGAAGGGCACUGGCAAGACCAACAAGAUCACCAUCACCAACGACAAGGGCCGUCUGUCCAAGGAGGAGAUCGAGCGCAUGCUCGCUGAGGCCGAGAAGUACAAGGCCGAGGAUGAGGCCGAGGCUGGCCGUAUCCAGGCCAAGAACGGUCUCGAGUCCUACGCUUACUCCCUCAAGAACACUCUGUCCGAGGGCAAGCUCCAGAUCUCCGAGGAUGACAAGAAGAAGGUUGAGGACAAGAUCAACGAGGUCAUCUCUUGGCUCGACAACAACCAGACCGCCGAGAAGGAAGAGUACGAGUCCCAGCAGAAGGAGCUUGAGGGUGUUGCCAACCCCAUCAUCUCCGCUGCCUACGGCGGUGCUGCCCCUGGUGGCGCCGAGGCUCCCCGCCGCCCCGAUGAUGUCGAGGAGGAGAAGCAGGAUCACGAGGAGCUUGACUAA